GGGAAUCGCUACACCGUCCGUCCACCCAUCCACGACCCUAGUCGCGACUACAGUUUCCCCCCCUCCCACAAGGCUGCCAUGUGGCGGUCGUGGUUGCUCCUGGCCGGUCUCCUCAGCGGCUGGUGGGCCGUCCUAUCCGCGUCCUCGUCCCCGAUGCGCUCGGACCGGCCCGAGCCCUUCCACUGGAGCCGGUCGCCCGGACAGGCCCAACGGGACACCAGGGCCCACUACUACUACGACAGCGGGGGUGGCAGUGGAGGCGAAAAGGACGGGGCGAGGGGGCAGAGCUGGCUGAGGCGGCGCAGGCACAUGGACACCGGUGAGAUGCCGAUCGGCCAGCGCUACGCGAACGAGUCGGUGGAUUCGUCGAGGCGAGUUAGAUCGCCGAUGGGUGUGAGUCACGGUGGUGGCAAGGCCCCGGCGAGCCAACAGCAGCGGCCGGGCGUGAGGAACCGGACGAGGAGCGAGUCGCCUCGGGAGCAGCGUAGGCGCUGCCGGGUGAGGAACAAUUGCCGGGGCAGGGAGUGGUGCCCGGACAUGGACGUGGCCAAUCGGGCGUACCUCGCGCCCACGGUGUUCGAGGGCAAGGCCCGGAGCAUGUCCUCGGCGCGGAAGCCGGGCUCGAACUACGCGGUGACCUUCGAGGUGCGCCAGGUGUACAAGAGCCAGCCGGGCUUCCUGCCCCUGCAGAAGAACGACAGCGUGCGGCUGCACUUUCGCGACAAGGCCGCGCCGGGCAAGUCGACGCUAUGCGGCCAGGAGGCCGUCGCCAGGGGAACUACUGGAGGAGGAGGCCAGCAGGAAAAAACGGGAGAUUUUAGUGGUGCCGGAGUGGUUAGGGCCAAUAUCAAGCGGGGUAAAGUGUAUCUUGUGUUUGUGAACCGCGUGGGACCCAGGAACUUCACAAUCCUCGGCGAGCCGGUCAUACGCAGCAAGAAGAACGAGCAAGCCGUGCAAGCUGUCAUUCGUCCUGAUUACGUGCGAGAAGUCACGUUAUCCGAGCUGAGAGACUCAGUGGCGAGGUACCGGGACAGAGUUAAGCUCGUGUGUCGAACGAGGGGCUCGCCACCUCCGAGAGUGCACUGGCUUAAGGACGGAGUUCCUUUGCAACCGCGAAGAGGUCUUCGGAUCCAACACAAACGGCGGAGAUCAAAAGUGGUGAUAUCGGCGGCACGACCGGAGGACAGCGGCAGGUACGAGUGCGUAGCCGAGAGCACUUCCGGUCACAGGGCUUCACUCGCGGCCCAGCUUCUAGUCUAUCAUGAUACGAGAAUUCCGGAGACCACGACAGCGGCGUGGUUGAGGCAAGAGCAGCCCUGUCCGAUCACAGGCGACUUUUGCAUGAACGGUGGUACCUGCCUCUUUUUCGAGACGGUCGGGGAGCCAGCCUGCAGGUGUGCCGAGGGUUUCACGGGCCUGAGAUGCGAGACCAAGGACGUCCUGAGCACCGGAAGUGUGUAUACCCGUCACAGAGCACCUUUCUCAUGCAAGCUCGGACUCUCGACCUCGUACUACUGCUAGCGAUAGUUUAU